CAACAUCGCGCCCUUUUCCCAAUUGGGAUUGACAUCCAGGAUAUGACUGAGUCAAGAGACUGAGGCAACUAUAGUUAUCAGCGUUCUUUCUUAUGGAAAAUCAAAUGUUCACUCAAACCUAUAAACAUACUACCUACUACGCACAACCCAAGCAUCCACUCCAGCCAGCUCGCAGGGAUAAGAACAUCGUGAAAAAGAAGAACCACUAAACUCCAUCCAACCCACCCCGCAAAAUCCUUUCAACCAACCAACCAACCCCCAAAGAACCAUCUCCAAUUAUCUACAUCUACAUCUAUACUCAAGGAAAAAAAAAGGAUCAAAAUGCCCCCAACCUACCAAAUAAUCUCCGCCACAACCCCCCACCACCUCCUCGCCGCCCGCACCCUCUUCACAGCCUACGCCGCCUGGCUAAACAUCGACCUAACAUUCCAAAACUUCCAGGCGGAGCUAUCCUCUCUCCCCGGGAAAUACAGUCCCCAGGAAGGCGGUGACCUUCUCCUCGCAUACAGCAGCAGCGCAGACACCUCUUCCUCUCCGCUGGGCUGCGUGGCUCUCCGUCCGCUCCCAGUUAAAGACGAUGAGCGGCAGCAACUCUGCGAGGUCAAGCGGCUGUAUGUUGCACCUGAAGCGCGGAAGAUGGGACUGGGGCGGGCGUUAGUGAGUGCAAUUGUGACGAGGGCGAGGGAAUUAGGGUAUCGGGGGAUGAGACUCGAUACGUUGCGGAGUAUGGAAGGGCCGAUUCGCCUGUAUCGGAGUUUGGGGUUCGUGGAGGUUGGGCCGUAUUAUGAGACGCCUUUGGUGGAGGAGACGGUGUUUUUGGGGUUGGAUUUUGCGGAGGUGUAGGUUUCUUCUACUUACUGUAUAAGUUACUGGGUUCUGGUUUCUUUUGCAUGUCUGGUUUGAGCAAGUGGGAAAAAGAAGGUUGGGGUAUAGACUUGAUUAAAGACAGAGAUUAUUCAUGUAUAUGUAUAUUAAGUUCAUUUUAUUCAAUACUAGACAUAACUAAACAAACAAUAGAAG